AUGGCUCAGUCUAAGCAAAAAACAGAUCGGGAAAUGUUGCUGGACAUUUUGCAUUUUGCACCUGGCAAAACCUCAGCUGAGGAUUUACUAUUUAAUUAUAAAGAUGUUCUGUAUCCUAGCACCAUCUGCAGUAAGGAAAUGUUUGAGGCACUGGAAACAUUUGAAGCUAGAGAUGAUGAUUUAAUGAUUGUCACCUAUCCCAAAUGUGGGACUAACUGGGUAAUCCAAAUACUACAUGAAAUGGUGAGCAUUAUUAAAAAUCAAGAAACCGUGCUAGACCAACCAAUGAUUGAAUUUGGAAGUCCACAGAUGUUAGAGAGACUUAAAGAACAACCUUCACCGAGGAUCCUUUCAACACAUUUGAAUUUUCAAAUGAUACCAAAGUCUUUCUUUGAAAAGAAGACACAGAUGUUGAUCGUUAUUCGCAACCCAAAAGAUGCAGCCAUCUCGUUUUUCAACUUUUAUAAAAACAUGCCUGCACUUCCCACAUAUGAAUCUUGGAAUUUGUUUUUCAAUGAUUUUAUACAUGGGAAUGUGUGUUAUGGAUCAUAUUUCAAUUAUCUAGUUGAGUGGAACAAUCAUAUUGAUGAAGGCAAUGUGAUGGCAAUUACAUUUGAAGAUAUGAAAACGGAUUUUCUAACGCAACUGAAAAAAAUAUCAGAAUUCUUUGGACUUCCAUUGACAGAUGAGCAACUUUGUGAGGUAGAACGUCGGACUUCUUUUACAUCUAUGAAACAGAAAUCUGAAGACACACAUGGAAAACUUGGUGAUGCUUUCUUCAGAAAAGGACAAAUUGGAGACUGGAAGAGCCUCUUCAAUGAAGAACAGAGCAAAGAAGUGGAUGCAAAGUUCCAACAACAUCUUGAUAAGACAAAGCUUGGGGAUUUGCUAAACUAUGCAAAAUACUGCAAGUUCUAGACAUUUCAAAAAUCAAUGAAAGUAGAACUUAAGCUAAAUCUUUUUU